AUGACUAUGGAUUUGGCGACUACCAUAAAAACAGCUACUGAACUUGCUCAACAAGCUACUACAGAAGACAAAAACCACAAUUAUGAAGUAGCUAUACGAGCCUAUAUGGCUGCAGCACAAUGGUUUCUACAUGCAACAAAAUACGGAACUAUGAGUGAAGCAACGAAAAUAAACAUACGUACUACUGUAGACUCUUAUCUGAAGAGAGCAGAAGAAUUAAAAAAAGUUACAGGACAACAAUCACCAAAAAAGCAGGCUGUAGCCAGUGGUCGUACCAAUCAUCGUGAAAAUUCAAAAGGUGGUAGAGAUAAUGAUGAAGAGGAUGCAGAUUCAGACAAGAGGCGUAGGAUGCAAAAAUUCGAAGGUGCUAUUGUCUCUAAUCCACAAGUCUCAUUUAAUGAUGUCGUUGGAUUAAAACAUGCUAAAAGCGCAUUGCAAGAAGCUGUCAUCUUACCAAUCAAAUAUCCAAAGCUUUUUACAGGGAAACGUAAACCAUGGGCUGGUAUUCUACUUUAUGGACCUCCUGGCACUGGCAAAUCAUACUUAGCUAAAGCUAUUGCUACUGAAUGUAAAAGUACAUUCAUAUCAAUCAGCUCAUCAGAUAUUCUAACUAAAUGGGUUGGUGAAGCUGAACAAUCUGUCAAAAGUCUAUUUGAACUUGCACGCGAACGAAAACCAUGUAUUGUAUUUAUUGAUGAAAUCGAUGCUUUAUGUGGACAACGUAAUGAUACAGGCACUGAAACAUCAAAACGUGUUGUUACUGAGUUUCUCGUUCAAAUGGACGGUGUUGGAACAAAUAAUUCAGGUACUGAAACAGAUAAUACAGGUGUUGAGACAAAUAGUCCAGGUGUUCUCGUUCUUGCUGCAACCAAUAUUCCUUGGCAACUAGAUACUGGUAUUCGACGACGUCUUGAAAAACGAAUUUAUAUUCCUCUACCUGGUGUAAAUGAACGUGCAGCUAUGUUUAAAACUCAUUUAGGUAUUAAUACUUAUCAUACAAUCAAUGAUCAUGAAUGGAUGGAACUUGCAGAAAGAGCUGAACAUUAUUCUGGUGCUGAUAUUGCUGUUGUUUGUCGUGAAGCAUUGUUAAGACCUGUUCGACGACUUGUCGAAGCAACUCAUUUUAAACAAGUACCGAAUCCAACUAAAAAUCCAGAGGAACCUACCAAUGUUUGGCUUGCUUGUUCACCUGGAGAUCCAGCAGCUCAAUCAAUGACGUUAGAUAAAAUAGAACCUGAUGAUUUAUGUAACCCACCAGUAACUAUGUCGGAUAUGUUAGCUGCUCUUAAUACACAAAGACCAACAGUAGGAAGUGAUGAACUGGCAAAGUAUCAGAAAUUUACUGAAGAAUAUGGUCAACAAGGUUCAUAA